GAGGGCGAGGUGAUGCGGUGGACGCAGGCUGAGACGGAGGCGCGGGGCGGGCUGGUGCUGGUGGGGCUGGCGGUGAUGGCCAACCCGCUGCGGGCGGACACGGCGGAGGUGGUGGGGAGGCUGCAGCAUGCAAGCAUACGGACGGUGAUGGUCACCGGCGACCACCUGCGCACCGCCAUCUCGGUGGCCCACAAGUGCCACAUCAUGCCCGACCAGCGACCCAUCCUGCUGGUGGACGCGGCGGACCCGCUGCCCCCACCGCCGCCCCCGGCCCCGGGCCCCGCUGACACCGCCGCCGCGGGUCCUGCUGCUGCUACUGCUGCUACUGCUGCCAGCGGAGGCCCACCACACCUGCAUGCUGCUGCUGGUGCUCCUGCUGAUGCAGUUGAGACGGGGGCCAAGGGACGUCAUCAGCAUCCCUCCUCCUCCGCGCCGCAGCCUGUCGUACGGCGGCCCAUGUCGUACAAGGCGCAGUCCUCGGGGCCCGGUCCUGCUGGGGAGCCGACUCCGCUGGGGGACCCCUCCGUGCAGGGUACCUGGGCGGCAGCCAUGAUGCUGCGGGAGGAGGAGGAGGGGCAGGAGCAGCGGCAGCAGCUGGGGGAGGAUGAGGAGGAGGCGCUGGGCAUGACGUCGGAGGCUGGGUGCAACGCUGCCGAGGCCAGUGGUGUCACACUAGCGCCGCCGUGUGUUGCGGGCUUGAGUGCGGGGGUCGGCGGGGCUGCACUGCCCGCGCUCAAGGCCGAGGCAGCGGCAGCUGCACCCGUUGCUAACGUGGCCGCGCAUGCUCAUGCGCACGGGGGCGCACCUCCACCGGCACCUCCUGCGCCGUCAUCAUCUGGGGGGCUACGUCUCAGCGUGUUGGAUGUGGAGGGGAACGUCACCGCCACCACCACUCAAACCGCCUCGGACGGCUGUACCGGCAUUAGCAGCAGCACCCUUUCUGCGGGUGCUGCUGCUGCAGCUGCUGUUGGUGGUCCCUCUGCGCUGCUUGCUCGCGUGCUGACGGGCGAGUUGGAGUGCGCGGUGACGGGCAAGGGCUUCAGCAGGCUGGUGGCGCACCCCGACCCCGCGCUGAUGCUGCCGGUGCUGCAGCGCGCAGCGGUGUUUGCGCGCAUGUCGCCGGAUAACAAGCGGGACCUGAUGCUGCUGUUGGGAGGCGGCAUGGAGGUUGGAGGCAGCGGUGGCGAGGGGGGUGCAGGCGGUGCAGGAGGAGGAGGAGGAGGAGGUGGUGGUUGCUGUCCCCACCUGGGGCUGAGGGCUGGGUUCUGUGGCGACGGUGCGAAUGACUGCGGCGCGCUGAAGGCGGCGCAUGUGGGCGUGUCGCUGUGUGAGGCGGAGGCCUCCGUGGCUGCCCCCAUGACCAGCAAGGCGCAGACCAUCGCCAGCAUGAUCACGGUGGUGGCGGAGGGGCGCUGCACGCUCAUGGCGACCUACCAGAUCUUCCAGUUCAUCAUCGCGUAUGCGCUGGUGCAGGCCUUCGAGACCAACCUGAUGUACACCUACGCGCUCAACCUGGGCAACUACCAGUACCUCAUCGAGGACCUGUUCUUCACCACCGUGCUGGCGGCACUCAUGGGGUUCACGGAGCCCAGGAGCAAGCUGUCCCGCAGCCGCCCGCUCUCCCGCGUCAUGUCGCUGCCGCUGCUGGUGUCCACGGUGGCGCAGUGCGGGGUGGUGGUGGCCUUCCAGCUGGCGGCGCUGGCGCUGCUGAGGGCGCAGCCGGGAUACGUGCGCACGCGGGGGGGGCCGGAGCUGCAUGACACGGUGGCCCCCGAGAACACGGUGACCUACAUUGUGGCGCUCGCGCAGUUCGUGGUGCUGGCGCUGGUAUUCAACAAGGGCAUGCCGCACCGCAGCCCAAUAUGGACCAACGGGUGGCUGGUGGCGGCGCUGGGGGUGCAGACCCUGUUUGUGCUGUACUCGCUGUUCGGUCGGGACGCGUUCAACCGGGACGUGCAGCAGCUGGUGGUGGAUGACAGCGGGGUGCUGAACAUGGGCUUCAGGUGGAAGCUCUUUGGCCUGCUGGUGGCGAUGGGCGCCUGCGCCUUCGCGGCCGAGUACGCCUCCCUGGGGCUGGUCAAGGCGCUGGCCUGGGCCCGCAGCCGCAAGGGGCCCCGCGCGGGCAGUGUGCCGCACACCGUGGCAGGAGCGCUGAGGAUGGAUCUGGCCUAGCUGGCCUAGCUGGAGG